GACGCCCCAGAUCGGGAGCUCUUGCACAUUGUGGGCAAGCUGACCGACCCGGAGAUCUCUGCCGAGGUCUUUGUGUACUCCUAUGACUCCAUGCUGUCGCUUCGCCGUGCUAUUUGCAAGGCUUUGAAGGUGCCUCACUGUAGCCUGAUGUUCAAGGGCUACGAGACGCAGAUGCAUCAGACCUUACAGGAAGCCGGACUCGAGAACCACUCGGAGGUUCAAGUGGUGCCUGUGAGCGAGGUGGCGUUGGCGUCUGCCUCAGCAGAUGGAAUGGUCUUUAUUUGGGAUGCCAUUGGCGGAAAAUGCUUGGAAACCCUAAGGGGACACAACUCCUCAGCAGUACACUGUUGCUCUUUUUCGACCACUGGACGGCUCUUGGGCACCACCAGUGUUGACUGUGCAAAGGUGUGGGAGACGUCCACGGGGCAAUGUCAUUGCACCCUGGAAGGACAUAAAGACUGGGUGGUGAGUAUUGGUUUUGAUGCAGGGGAGAACCUUGCGAUCACGGCUAGCCUGGACUGUAGUGCAAGGCUUUGGGACCUGGUCUCUGCGAGGUGUGUGCAAGUCUUUCCUGGUGGAGUCAGUCCAAUAUUUUGGGCUUCCUUUGAUCCCGACGGUGACCAAAUGGAAGUGGCCACGGCCAGCGCUGAUGGCACUGCCACCAUUUGGAAGCACAGUGGCGAGGUUCAGCAGGUCCUGCAAGGACAUGAAGACAACGUGCUGAUGGUAACCUAUUCUGCCAACAGCAAACGCCUUCUGACGGCCUCCCAGGACCGCACUGCCAGAAUGUGGGAGGCGCUGUCUGGGAUGUGUCUUCGAGAAUUUCGUGGGCAUACUGACACCGUGCAGUCCGCCUUCUUUUCGGGCGAUGGCCGUCUCUGCGUCACUGGCUCCAUGGAUCGUACUGCGCGAAUUUGGGAGACCAAGACCGGGGACUGCUUACGGACCCUCUCGGGGCAUGCGGGCUCCGUGCUCUUCGCGCUCUUUUCAGCGGAUGCGGGUUUUGUGGCCACAGCUGCAAGGGACGGCUGCGUGCGAACCUACGACAGCAAGACGGGGCGCUUGCAACGGCUGUUGGAAGGACAUCAUGCGAAGGUCAAUACGCUGUCCUUUGUCUCCUUCUGAGCGUCAGAUUGGUGAGCUGUGCUUAGAUACAGCUGGACCUGCCGCGGUUUGGAGAAACGUGCUUCUGCACCUCCCAAAGGGACGUUGCGCUUGCACUUCAUGCCAUUUGCCGACGCGCCAUGGCCAUGUUAAAGACAUGGCCAAAGACUCUUUGAUUCGACCCGGAAAGA